UGAGUACUACAGGGAAAGUUAUCAAAUGCAGAGCAGCCAUACUGUGGAAGCCUAAUGCACCAUUUUCCAUUGAGGAAGUAGAAGUGGCCCCACCAAAGGCAAAGGAAGUUCGCAUAAAGCUCCAAUGAAGUACAAAGUAAGAUCUUUGAUGUCACACUGUGGUUUUACAAUUGUCGCUUCUGAACUCAUUCUGACAUUCCCAAUUGUGGCCACAGGGCUCUGUGGUACAGAGAUGAAACUAUUGGGGAGCAAUACCCGUUAUCCCAUCAUUCUGGGCCAUGAAGGGGCUGGAAUAGUCGAGAGUGUGGGAGAAGGAGUGAGCACCGUGAAAACAGGUGAUAAAGUUAUCACACUCUUUCUACCACAGUGUGGAGAAUGUGCCUCUUGCCUUAAUUCCGAGGGCAAUUAUUGUAUGCAAAUCAAACAGUCAUUCACUAACCUGAUGUCUGACGGUACCAGUAGGUUUACCUGCAAGGGAAAACCAAUAUACCACUUUGCUAAUACAAGCACCUUCUCUGAAUACACAGUAAUAAGAGAAAUCUCAGUUGCCAAGAUUGAUAAAGUUGCUCCUCUGGAGAAAGUAUGCCUAAUUAGCUGUGGUUUUUCCACUGGGUAUGGUGCUGCAAUCAAUACUGCCAAGGUAACCCCAGGCUCCACCUGUGCAGUGUUUGGCCUCGGAGGAGUCGGCCUCUCUGUGAUCAUGGGCUGUAAGGCAGCUGGAGCAGCCAGGAUCAUUGGGGUGGACAUCAACAAAGACAAAUUUGAGAAAGCAAAGGAAUUGGGUGCCACUGAGUGUAUCAGCCCGCAGGACUUCAAGAAACCCAUCCAAGAAGUUUUAGUUGAUAUGACAGGUGUUGGUGUAGAAUUUUGCUUUGAGGUCAUUGGAAAUCCAGAAAUGAUGGCAGCUGCACUGGCCUCCUGCCAUGAGAGCCAUGGGGUCUGUGUUAUUGUUGGGUUCUUGAAGUCUGGUGUCCAAAUCAACAUCGAUGGCUUCUUGUUCUUAUCAGGACGUACUUUGAAAGGAUCUAUUUUUGGAGGCUGGAAAAGCAGAGACAACGUCACUAAACUGGUUUCCGAAUAUAUGGCAAAGAAGAUUAAUUUAGAUCCACUAAUUACUCAUAAUCUGAAUCUUGACAAAAUCAAUGAAGCAGUUGAAUUAAUGAAAACUGGAAAAUGUAUCCGCUGUGUCCUGAUACUUUAAGUGCAGUGUAAUGAAUGCAAGAUCUGCAGGAUAUUUCACCAACUAAAUUGCAUUCUGCAUAAUUUCCAUGAUUUAGAAGAAGUAUCACACAAUACUGUUGCUAUUUUCUUGCCUUUGAUGAAUUUAGUAGUGGGCUAAUAUCUGACUUCUGUUCUCACCACCUCAUCAAAAUCUGUCUCAUGUGACCCAAUCUCACCCAGGGAUACCCUCCCUUUUAGAGCUAGAUCAAAGUUAAUUUGAAUCACUGAAUUCCAAACACUUCAAACAACAUAGUCACCCCCAAAAUACUCACAUUUUCAUAGUUGUCUCUAUCUCUGGGCCCAUGUUUCUUUUCACACUAUAUUUCUCACCCCCAUGAUGAUCUGCUUAUUUCACAUUAAAGAAAAAAACUCAUCAUUCAUGAGUUUAUUGAACAUUCAGUUUGAAGCAAGCUGAUAGAAGUGGAGGUGGGGUCUUUAUUACAUCAACUUAAAUAAAUCCCAGUUAAACACUAAGUAUUUCAUUCUUAAUAUUACUCACCCCAGAAAAACUUCAACUGGUAUUUCACCUUAUAUAACCUAGCCUGAAACCACCACUUAUAAUAUCUCUGUGGUACUCACCUCUUCUCUCAUAAAUUGCCAAAGGAACUUCAAAGUGUUCUUUAAUUGGCCAGGACAAUUCAGCUCUCAGCAGUUCAUAUUACCUGGCUUCAUAAACAAGCCCUCUGGAAUUCAACAAAAAGAGAAAAUGGCUUGAGGGGAAGUCUUAUUCAUUGUUAGGAUCUAUGGUUCCUGGGAGGCAGCUGUGGUUUUAAGCAGUAAAACUGGCUAUUAUUCCACUCUGCAAGGAAAGAGAGGAUAGUUGCAUAGUUCAAUAUGAAGAUCUGUCACAGAGUCUUUUCUCCAAGGGGAUGAAAGAAAGACAAGAUCCAGUAGUGAUUUUUGGCAUCCAAUCCCUCUCUACCCAUGCCCCAACCCCUCUGCCCUAAUCUCUCUUAAUUCUCCUAAAAUCUGGGGUGAGAUUGAGCCUUCUUGGUAUAUGGCUUCUUUCCUAUCCCCUUGAUAUAGAUAGAGUCUCUUUCUAACCCUCUCCCCCAGUACAUACACCAGGAGCUCCCUUCCUAUUUAAAGUCUCUUCUGCUGCAACUUGGGCUUCCCUACAUCUAAAGCCACUGAAUCAGACAGGGGUCCCAUAAGGAAAAGAUGAUUAACUUAAAUUUCAACCAAUAAUUUCUUUUUGCAUCUGAUGUGCUGUUUACUGUCAACACUUUGUCCAAACAUAGUUGUCCUUAGGGCCUUUCCCCCUUCCACCUACAAAUUUAAAAAAUGGCUUGUACAUUGAUUUAAUUCAACCUGCUAUCUGUAUUAGAAUCAGAGAAGGGGCCUGGGUCCCUGUCAACUGCCACUACUGACUGCCUCCUCUCUGAUUUAUUAUAAAGAGUAUUUUGAUGAAGACAGAGGGCUCAGGAUAGGGUAUGCCCUAUCAGGGUUGCUCCUGCCAACAAGGAUGAAGCACUUUCCUUCUCCAUCUUCCCAAGUCUGAGCUGGAAUUUCCAUGCCCAACCCUGCUCUGCUCUUCUAUUCCAUGAGGGGCAGCCAGGGUGUGCUCCUACUCUGCCUGUCAAAAUAACCUUAUUAACAGUGAGGACUUGGAGAAGUCUUCAGGUCCUGGGAGGUCUGAGUUUGCCCAAAAUUGUUUUGCUACAAACAGCAUCCACACUCUGCUUCAAUAAAGCAUAAUUCUUUUUUA